GCCCACUGGUCAAGUCGUCUUUGAGUGUGAAGUAUAUCAAGCUGAGUAUCCGCUGUUCUGUCCAUCUUCGGUUUAGUCCGGUUUUUUUCCUGAUCUCUUGUAUUCGAUCUUUUGAAGUAAAGAAUGGCCCAGAAGAUCAAAGCUGGAUCUGUUGUGGAGCUGCAGGGAGAUGAGAUGACCAGAGUGAUCUGGGAGCUGAUUAAAGAGAAGCUCAUCUUUCCUUACCUGGAGUUAGACCUGCACAGCUAUGACCUGGGCAUUGAGAACCGUGAUGCCACCAAUGACCAGGUGACAGUGGACGCUGCUGAGGCGGUGCGUCGCUACAGUGUGGGCAUCAAGUGUGCCACCAUCACGCCUGAUGAGAAGCGUGUGGAGGAGUUCAAGCUCAAGCAGAUGUGGCGCUCGCCCAAUGGAACCAUCCGGAACAUCCUAGGUGGCACUGUGUUCCGCGAAGCUAUCAUAUGCAAGAAUAUCCCGCGCCUGGUGCCCGGCUGGACCAAACCCAUCAUCAUUGGCAGACACGCCCACGGAGACCAGUACAAAGCCACAGACUUCGUCGUUCCUGGACCUGGAAGACUAGAGAUGACUUUUACACCGAAGGAUGGAGGGAAACCUCUCAACUUUGUCGUCCAUGAUUUCGAAGGCACUGGCGGCGUGGCUCUGGGCAUGUACAACACGGACAAGUCCAUCCGUGACUUUGCUCACAGCUCCUUCCAGAUGGCGCUGUCCAAAGCAUGGCCUCUCUACCUCAGCACCAAGAACACCAUCCUCAAGAAAUACGAUGGCCGCUUCAAAGACAUCUUUCAGGAGAUCUAUGAGAAAGAAUACAAGUCUCAGUUCGAGGCUAAGGGGAUCUGGUAUGAGCACAGAUUGAUUGAUGACAUGGUGGCCCAGGCCAUGAAGUCUGAUGGAGGAUUUAUCUGGGCCUGUAAGAACUACGACGGAGACGUGCAGUCCGAUGCUGUGGCUCAGGGUUACGGCUCUCUGGGUAUGAUGACCAGCGUGCUGGUGUGUCCUGAUGGUCGCACAGUGGAAGCUGAAGCCGCUCACGGAACAGUCACACGUCACUAUCGCCAACACCAGCAGGGCAAAGAGACGUCCACCAACCCUAUCGCCUCCAUCUUUGCCUGGACACGAGGGCUGCUGCAUCGGGCCACUCUAGAUAAGAACACUGAACUGCAGCUCUUUGCCCAAGCUCUGGAAGCUGUCUGCGUCGAGACCAUCGAGGCCGGCUUCAUGACCAAAGAUCUGGCCAUCUGCAUCAAGGGCAUGGCCAACGUGCAGCGUGCAGACUACCUGAACACCUUCGAGUUCCUGGAUAAGCUGGCAGAGAAUCUGAAGCUCAAGCUGAUGAGCCAACCCAAACUGUGAAGCCGUCCUUUACACUCAACACACCCACGCUGACACACUCAAAUCUCAAGCUCUUGUCCGGUGCCAAUCCACAGGCAUGGUCAACCACUUCUCCUGGUCUGUGCAAAGACACACAGGACCACACCACUACUACCAGAGAGAGGCACUUUCAGGUGGAAGAAAGGAAAGUGCCAUUUUAAAGGGUUAGAGAUGCCGUACACACAUAUAGCCCUAACUGUUUUUUAUUCUUUUAGCUACAGUCAGGAAUCCUGUACUCACUUUAUUAAUUUAAAACGAUUUCUGCUCAAUCCUAGCCAUUGUUUUAAUAUAUUUAACCUUUAAGGUUUUAUUUUGAUUUAUAACAAACAAACACACGGGACAUGUUCUGGCCAGGUCGUGACAGGGUUUUCAAACACUUGUUGCCUUAUGUGUGUGUGUGUGUGUGUGUGUAUGGUGUCUUCUUGUCAUUCAUGGCGACACAGAACUAGAAUCAGCAGUGGAAUAAAUUCUGAGAAAAUGCAUUUCCAUCAUGUUUUGUAAGUGUUUUCAAGAACGUGUUGUUAUUAGUCUUUGGCUAAUUAAAAAAAAAAAAAAAGAAUAAUAAUGGGACCACAAA